UCCAGGCUCACACACCGGGUCCAUUGUCAUGGCGAUGACAUCAUCACUCUGUACCAGUGGGGAAGAGCUCUGGUUCCCACUGCUGAUGAGAGCAGCAGACUGAGCUGCUGGAGGAAAAACAAACCGCUUCAAAAUGGGCAUCAACGCUGUAACCAUGGUAACAGUUCUGCUCGUCUCUUUGACCCCUUCCUUCACCACACAAGUGGGCCUCAGUGAGAAGGUCCUGGUCUUCCCCUAUGAGACGGACUUCAGCUUCGUGGCUCUGAUCCCGCAGAAGGAGAUGGCGCUGCGGGCCUUCACGCUCUGCAUGCGGGUGGCCACCGAGCUGCCCGAGGAGCGUCAGAUCAUCCUGUUCGCCUACCGCACCGCCGACUACGACGAGCUCAACGUGUGGCGCGAGAAGGACGGCCGCGUCUCCUUCUACCUGAGCGGCGACGGCGUCUUCUUCCGCCUGCCGCCGCUCAGCACCUUCCGCACCAGCCUCUGCCUCACCUGGGAGUCGCGCUCCGGCCUGGCCGCCUUCUGGGCGGACGGCAGGCGCAGCACCUACCAGGUGUACAAACCGGGUCACAGCGUGCGGCCCAAGGGCACCGUGCUGCUGGGCCAGGACCCGGACAAACACCUGGGCGGCCUGGAGGCCACGCAGAGCUUCGUGGGCGAGAUGACGGACGUCAACAUGUGGGACUCUGUGCUCUCCCGGAGCCUGAUCCAGGCCUGGCACUACGGACACAAAGUCCCCAAGGGGAACAUCUUCGACUGGGCCAGCGUGGAGUACGAGCUGAGCGGCAACGUGCUGGUGGUGGACGACGACUGACGAGAUGCGGGGGACCCGGCGGGCCGAGGUCCGGCUGUGGAGGGCAGCGCCGCGCUGCUGCUGCUGGCGCCGGCCCUGUGGUGGUACGCAGGAGGAUUAGGGCCGGUCUGGGUGGAAUAAAAACACACACGACAUUUACACCAAAAAAAACUCAGCUUCAAAAGUCAAAAACUGACUUGAAAAGAAAUUUGAAGAUUAACUUGAGAAAUUUUCUAGGAAAAAAAAUUGGAAAAUGGAAAUUUGACUUUCAAAAGUUAAAAAUGUGAUUAAAACUCCCCAGAAAAUGGUAAUUUUCAAGAAAAGAUUUGUAAAUUUCUCAGUUUGAAAAGUUGAAAGUUUGCUAGAAAAGAAAACCAAUCUCAGAAAUUUUAGAAAAAUCUUCUGAGUUUCAAAAGUCUGAAAUGUUCACAGAAAGUUUUUAAUUAAUCUCAGAAAUUUUGAAGAAAAAACAUGGAGACUUGUGAGUUUGAAAAGUCAGAAAUGUUUACAGAAAUGUUUACAGAAAUCCAAGAUUUUUUCUGGAAAACAAAUAUGGCUGCCCUGAAGUGUUACAUACAUGUUACAUGUUCCUACAUGUUACAUGUAGAAACAUGUAACAUGUAGGAACAUGAAUCAAACAAAAAAACAAACAUAUUGGCAAAAAUACUUUCAAAUUGACAUUUUCCAUCUUUGCCUUUUAAUUUUCAUUUUUCAGAUUUUCUUCACUUGGUAACUUUGAGAUCAAUUAAUACAAUAUAACGCUUUUAAUCUUUACUUGAAUAUCCUGCUUCUAUUAAACUAUUAAUUUCAGAUUUUAUAAUUCCAGAUUUAUGAGUAAUGAUUGGAAAAGAUGUGAAACAUUUUAAUCUACAUUAAUGCUUCAUUUGUUCAAUGUUUACUGAUUUUUAGUUUCUAAGGAGUCAUUGAUAGCAAGCUAAAUAUUGAGCUAAUUAUUUAGCGGCAAGCUAAAUAUUUCUUUAACUAUUUAAAUCAUAUCAAACCAGAAUGGGUCACUCCUUUCUCUAAAACAGCUGCGUUUUCUAACCAGGUUUAAUGGAUGGAUGUUUGGAGUUAGAAUCACUGCAGGGGCCACAAAUGGCCCCCAGGCCACAUGUUGAACAACCCUGUUUAUUUUCUGACUUUAAAACUUGCCAGGUUAAUAAAGCUGUCUCUGUACUAAAUACCGUCUGCUACUCAUUAACUUCUGCUUUUAUUUAUUUAUUUUUGAAUCUGUAAAAGAUAAAAAAUAAAAUCAUUCCUAAAACUUUGGCUUUUAUUCAAAAUGUUUCGUUUCAUUGUGCUGUUAAGGCUGUCAUACCAGAGGCGUCCACCGGAGGGCACUCUGGACUUGGCCUCAUAAAAUAAUGACUUCUUUCAUCCUGUCUACAUGUAACAAAAACUGGAACCAUAAAAAAGUGCUUUUAUGCAAACUGUAACCAAUCUGUUCAUUUUCUGAAUCUAAAUACAUUAAAAUGUAAAAUAAGAAAAACAUUUCUAAAAUGAAACGGUCCAGAUGGAAUUAUACAUUUGUUUUGAUCAAACUGCCUCUUAAUAAAAUCUGUAUAUAUAA